UCAUUUAGUUUAGUACUUCAUCACGCUAACCGCUGCCGCUGUUGCUAAUCGAGUUAGCUAGCUAGCGACUAUCCGCUGAAAUCGUAAUUAUUAUUUACAAUUACGUCGAGUUACAAUUCUACGACGGAACCACUUUAGUUGGACUUUUUGGAAACGUCUAAAGUCGUCUUUACGUGAUAGUCAAUGUGGAAUAUGCGAAGAGCCACACGCGGGAGCGUCAUGGUGUCGUAUCAGCUCCUCAAACCUGAAGAUGUCCAACUAUCUGAAGUCAAUCACCUUGUCGAAGAGGACGAAAAUCCAGCGUCACGCACGGAAUUCGCCUCUCUGCUCCCCCGUCGUAUGCCGUGCUCGACCACCACGGGGCUCCUGGUGAUCGGCUGCCUGCUUCUUCUCCUCUGCGGCGGCUGGCUGUUGGGCACCAUGUUCUGGCUUCACCGCCCCUCGAGCCUGCUGCCUCACGGACACCCGCCGCCGGCCAAAGCCAACGCCACCGAGGCCCGGGAAACUUGCGGGCUCAUCCCGGAAGCGUGGCGGUUUGACUGUUACCCGGAGAGAGAAGUGGUGGUGACCAGAGAGAUGUGUGAAGUGAGGAACUGUUGCUUCAUCCCCGCUUCUUCUAAAGCUCAGCCCUCGGGAAGCAAAGGUGUUCCUUGGUGUUUCUAUUCCCCGGAGUUCCCCUCCUACUCCAUCGAGUCCAUGAAGAACACAAGCUUGGGGAUGAGAGUUACGCUUGUCAAAGACGUGAAGACUUACUACCCGGCAGACGUUAUGACUCUGGAAUUGGAUGUCCGCUACGAGACGGAGACGAGGCUCCGGGUCAGGAUCACAGACCCUUCGAGUCCACGCUACGAAGUUCCCAUUGCCGUUCCCGCUGUCGCCAAGAAGGCAGAAACUCCCGACUACAGCGUGGAGCUCUCCAAGAAGCCGUUCGGUCUCGUCGUGAGGAGGAUCUCUACAGGAGCUGUCCUCCUGAACACCACCGUGGCUCCUCUCCUUUACGCCGAUCAGUUCCUGCAGUUCUCCACCUCCCUGCCCAGCGAACACAUCUACGGCUUGGGGGAGCACCGCUCGAGCUUCCUGCAUGACGUCCAGUGGAACACGCUCACCAUGUGGGCCAGGGAUGUUCCUCCUAUGGUAAAAACAAACCUGUAUGGAGUUCAUCCCUUUUAUCUUGGAAUGGAGAAGGAGAGCAAUGCACAUGGGUUCUUCCUUCUGAACAGCAAUGCAAUGGAUGUUGUCCUGCAGCCUGCCCCGGCCCUCACCUGGCGCACAAUCGGUGGGAUCCUCGACUUUUACGUCUUCCUUGGUCCCGAUCCCGGAUCAGUAGUUGAACAGUAUCUGGACGUAAUAGGUCGUCCGGCGAUGCCCAUCUACUGGGCUUUGGGUUACCACCUGUGUCGCUGGGGCUAUGACUCCAGCAACUCCACCUGGGAGAUGGUCAAGCGCAUGAGGAGCUAUGGGAUACCUCAGGAUGUCCAAUGGAAUGAUAUCGACCACAUGGACCGGAUUCUGGACUUCACUAUUGACCCGACUAACUUUUCAACGCUCCCCGAUAUGGUGAAGGACCUGCACCAUCACAACCAGCGCUACGUGCCCAUCAUUGAUGUCGGUAUCAGCAGCGUCCAGCCUGAAGGAUCCUACUGGCCGUACGACGAAGGACUCAAGAAAGGAGUUUUCAUCAAAGACGCGGAAGGAAAAACACUCAUUGGGAAGGUGUGGCCGGGCCUGACGGUAUUUCCCGAUUUCUCCAACGAUGUCACCCACGAAUGGUGGUACGAGAAUCUCAAGAGGUUCCAUGACCAGGUGCCAUUUGAUGGAUUAUGGAUUGACAUGAACGAACCAUCAAAUUUCGUAGAUGGAUCCACUAACAGCUGCCCAUCAAACAAGCUGGAUAAUCCUCCGUACACACCAGGUGUGCUCGGAGGUGUUCUGAAGGCCAAAACAGUGUGCGCAUCCGCAUUACAGAACCAAUCGACACACUACAACCUUCAUAGCCUGUAUGGACUCAUGGAAGGCAAAGCAUCUGCAAACGCUCUGAGGAGGAUCUUGGCCAAGAGACCUUUUGUGAUCUCUCGCUCCACCUUCCCCAGUCAGGGCAUGUACACUGGCCAUUGGCUGGGAGACAACAGGAGUCAAUGGCCGGACCUUUAUUCCUCCAUAGCGGGUGUCUUGACUUUUAACCUCCUGGGCAUUCCGCUGGUGGGAGCAGACAUCUGCGGCUUCAGCGAGCAGCCGCAGGAGGAGCUGUGCAUCCGCUGGACACAAUUGGGCGCGUUCUAUCCGUUUGCUCGCAACCACAACGCCAUCGACAUGAAGCCACAAGACCCGACGGCGUUCAGCCCGUUCGCCAGGGUCGCCAUGCAGCAAGCUCUGCUGCUACGCUAUUCUCUCUUCCCGCUCCUCUACACGCUCUUUCAUCACGCGCACGCAAAGGGACACACCGUUGCUCGGCCGCUCAUGUUUGAAUUCCCAAAGGACACGAAAACGUACAGUAUUGAUAAGCAGUUCCUCUGGGGGAGGAGUCUACUGGUGACUCCAGUGUUAGAUGCUGGAGUCACGUUUGUGGAGGGUUACUUCCCAAAGAGUCUGUGGUAUGACUACUACACGGGCGACUCGAUAAACACCUCAGGUGAAGAAGUGCGACUCUCUGCUCCCCUCGAUAAGAUCAACCUGCAUUUGAGGGAAGGAUCUAUUAUUCCGACGCAGACUCCCAACUUGACUUUGUGGGUGAGCAGCAGGCAGCCUCUUCAUCUAGUCGCCGCGUUAUCGGAGAACGGCACCGCCUGUGGCGAUUUGUUCUGGGACGACGGAGAGAGCCUCGACACCUUUGAGAACAACCAGUACGCCUACAUCGUCUUCAGCGUGGCUCAGCAAACGAUGAGCUCGCAGGUGCUCCGCACCCACUUGGAGGCUUCGCACAUCACGGUGCAGUCGGUGUCUUUCUACGGCGUGAAGAAGAAGCCCAGCAAGGUGCUGGUCAACUCCAAAGAUGCUGCCUUUGCAUACAGGAGCAACCAGGUUUUAACAGUCGCAGAUCUUGACCUUAACCUCAAUCAGAACUUCACCGUCAGCUGGCUGUGAGCCCCGCCACCGACCGCUUGCUUUGUUCUACUGUAGCUGCUGGUGGCUCUCUAAGUAAGCCUGAAGGACUGACAGAAAAACAAAAAUAGACAAAAUCCAGCCAACUUUUUUUUUUAUUGACUAUUUUAGUUGACUGGGCUGCGAGUGGUUUUACCAAAGCACCCUAUAACUUCACUCAAGGGGUUUGUUUUCAUUGCUGGUGCAUUCCUGGCAAGGUUUUAAUAAAUGUCCAAACGCAUUUGUCAGUGCACAUACAUGCACAAAAAUACAUUGUUUAAUUUGGAUUUAAUGUAAGUACGUCUUUGAGGUUUCUCCACAGCAGCGGCAAUAAGCGAUGUGCAGUAACCCGGAGACAACUGUCAGCGCUGCUGCUACUUUUGCACUAAUUUAUGAGAUGAACACUGGUAUCUUGUGAUUUCGUUUGCAUUUUCCUGCAAAAUACUGUUUGCUGCCUGAAAAAAAUGUCAUGUUGGCCGGUUUUGUUUGCGUAGCGCGGUGCAGCAAUAAAAUUUGGUUUUAAAGUA